AUGGAGGCACGAAACACCAACUCCUACUUGGCUACGAGGCCUGCGAUCUUGGGUCUAGCCAAAAUCCUCGUCCUCUCGCUUUCCCAGCUCCCAAUCGUUCGAGCUGCGCCAAUACACGCUUCCUACCUGUUUUUUGCGGCGGAAGAGGACGAAGGGAAAGUUCCUGAGGACCCUACAUUAUGGAUAUACCUGAGUGUCGCUGCAGCGUUAGUUUUACUUGGAGGAGCAUUUGCCGGUUUGACCAUUGCCCUCAUGGGACAGGAUGAAAUCUACCUUCGAGUUAUUCGGGAUUCAGGGGAAGGCGCUGAAAAGAAACAUGCUGCCAAAGUGUUGAGUCUAUUGCAGAAAGGGAAACACUGGGUGCUGGUCACAUUACUCCUGAGUAAUGUCAUUACGAAUGAAACGCUCCCUAUCGUACUCGAUCGUUCCCUGGGCGGUGGAUGGCCGGCUGUGUUAGGAUCGACCGUUCUCAUCGUCAUUUUUGGCGAGAUUGUUCCCCAGUCGGUAUGCGUUCGAUACGGACUACCAAUCGGUUCCUGGAUGGCUCCUUUCGUUAUUCUCCUCAUGUACCUCCUCGCUCCUGUCGCAUGGCCAACGGCGAAGUUACUCGAUUAUCUGCUGGGAGAAGAUCAUGGGACUGUGUACAAAAAGACAGGCUUGAAGACAUUGGUUUCUUUGCACCGUAGUUUGGGAGAACCUGGGCAACAACUUAAUGCCGAUGAAGUCACAAUCAUCAGUGCCGUCCUCGAUUUGAAGGAGAAGUCUGUCGGGAGCAUCAUGACUCCAAUGGAAGAUGUCUUCACUUUGUCUCUCGACGAUGUCCUGGACGAACCUACGAUGGACGAUAUCCUAUCACGAGGAUAUUCACGAAUUCCUAUCCACCACCCAGACAACGAUUCAAAUUUUAUUGGCAUGUUGUUGGUCAAGAUGCUGAUCACGUACGAUCCCGAAGACGCGAAACCUGUUCGAGACUUUGCAUUGGCGACUUUGCCCGAGACAAGGCCAGAUACAAGUUGCUUAGAUAUUGUGAAUUUCUUCCAGGAAGGGAAAUCGCACAUGGUCCUUGUUUCGGAAUAUCCUGGGGACGACCAUGGUGCGCUUGGUGUGGUCACACUGGAGGAUGUAAUUGAGGAGUUGAUUGGAGAAGAAAUCGUUGAUGAGUCUGAUGUCUUUAUUGACGUACACAAAGCCAUCCGACGGGCAAUGCCCGCCCCUACCCGGCGAAUCCCAAGGGCCUACUUGGUUCCCGAACAACACACCGCCAACGGCACCACAACUGAUCUGAUAGAUAUCGGUGAGGGCGAGACGCUUGAAAGUGCCGAAAUACAGAAAACCAAGACUGGCGAUAAUGCGCAAGUGGCCAAGCUCUUGAAUAAUGCUCGGCGUCGAUCGAGUGCAGGCAACAGCCUGCCAGGCGAGUCAAAAUCUGGCCAGAGAUUAAUCAGGGCAGGCACAGACGAGGCACUCAGGGAACAACUCAAACAUCUAGGUCAUCUAGGACCAUCAAACCUUGCGAGCAGGCCUAGGAUGACGAAGUAUACUACCGUCAAAAUUAAACCCGGCACAGAGACUAUCGUCAAACAAGAUGUUCCUGAUGGUCGACAGACAAUUUCUCGACGAGUUUCAGAAUCCGCUUCGGAAUAUCAAGGAGGAAUUGGCGAGGGUGUUGUGAAGUCAGGAGGCAAAGAUGCUAGUGACGGAGUGCAGGCUCUCAAGCAGGGGUACGGCACCAUUCCUGAAUCACCAAACGCCCGACCAGCCAGUCGCACAAAGGGUAUUCAAGCCGAUCUUCCACUCAGUCCUAGCCUCUCGGGGCAAGGGGAUGAUGCGGCCCAUGAUCAUCAUGGCCAGUCAGAGUCUCGACCUCCAGCAAAAACCACUGACAGCCACAGCACGAUAUGUAGCCUGCCUGAUUCCAGAUCACGAUCGAGGAGUCCCAUCUACAGAUCGAAAGGACCUGCUCGAAGUGGCAGCAUCACAGAAAACAUUGUCGAUGCCAACGGCUUCCGCAAAGUCGUCCUCGAGACAACGUCCAGCAGCGAGUCGAACGAGGAGGAAGACAACAGUGGGACCAACAAAGGUCACACGUCGGCUAUCUUAGAUGAGAAUUCCCGUGUGAGCCUCCUAGGUGGAAAUGAAGCCAACGGGCAAGGUGAGGCCGCAAAGAAGAAAAAGCGGCGGCGACGCAAAAACAAGCAUGGAAAGGGGGAGCGCGAACCCUUGUUGGGGGACAAACAAAGCUAG